GAAGACAAAACAUCUUCCUCGGUCCAAAGAUUCUUUCCUCUGAAUCAAAACUUGCAUCCAUGAACAGCACUCGCUCUCGUUCCCGGCCCGAGUAUAUCCCGGGCCAUAUUCCGGACCCUUCCUACGUCCGCAUAUUAGACACCACCCUCCGAGACGGCGAGCAAGCCCCCGGCGCUGCCAUGACCGCAGAGCAGAAGCUGAGGAUAGCGCGGCAGCUGGCGAAGCUGGGCGUGGACGUGAUCGAUGCGGGGUUCCCGUCUGCAUCACAGGAGGACUUCAACGCCGUAAAGAUGAUAGCGGAGGAAGUUGGGAAGAAGUUCGACGAUGAUGAGUACGUUCCGGUGAUUGUUGCAAUAUGCAGGUGCAAUGAGAAGGACAUUAGGACUGCAUGGGAGGCUGUGAAGGAGGCGAAGAGGCCGAGGCUUAUGCCCUUCAUCGCCACCAGCCCCAUUCACAUGGAGUACAAGCUCCGAAAGACCAAACAAGAGGUUCUACAAAUAGCUCGCCACAUGGUCACUUUUGCUCGCAGUUUGGGUUGUCGUGACAUCCAGUUCGCUGCUGAGGAUGCAGCCAGGUUCCUCUCAUCUCCUUUCUCUUUCCAUAUGGAAAAAGUUAGUUUCACACAGAUUUAA